CAGCCAUUGCAGUGAUGGUGCCACCUUGAAAGCCGAAGGAAGGAAAGAAUAGUGAAGAGGAAGGAAUAUAACAAUCAACCAUUUCCCAAAACUUCCUCUGUGCCUCGAGCUCCUGCCAUGGAGAGGAUAAGUGUUUGUCGGACACGUGAUUCCCUGUGACGGCUCUGCACGAUAAAACUGCUCUGGGAUCUGCUGCGCUUCUGUUAACCUUACGGGACCAAGAUGACCCUUUGGCUGCUGCUAGUUCUGUCCAUUUGGGUUGGACCCGAUCGAGCCGGCUCCGCCCAUUCCAAUGAACGGCGGGUUGUAGCGCACAUAUCUGGCGACAUCAUCAUCGGAGCCUUGUUCUCUGUCCAUCACCAGCCUCCUGCUGACAAGGUUCACGAGCGCAAGUGUGGUGCAGUGCGAGAGCAGUAUGGCAUCCAGAGGGUGGAGGCCAUGAUGCACACGCUGGACCGCAUCAACAGUGACCCGCACAUCCUUCCCAACAUCACCCUUGGCUGUGAGAUCCGAGACUCGUGUUGGCACUCGGCCGUGGCUCUGGAGCAGAGCAUCGAGUUCAUACGGGAUUCGCUUGUCUCCUCCGAUGAGGCGGAGGAGUGGGGACCGACAAUGAAGUGCGCUGACCCCUCUGCCACUCCGAUGCGGGGGAAGAAGCCUAUAGUGGGGCUGAUUGGACCGGGGUCGAGCUCAGUGGCCAUCCAGGUUCAGAACCUGCUACAGCUGUUCAACAUACCACAGAUUGCCUACUCCGCCACCAGUAUGGACCUCAGUGACAAGAGCCUUUAUAAGUACUUUAUGCGGGUGGUGCCUUCAGAUGCCCAGCAGGCAAGAGCCAUGGUGGACAUUGUCAAGAGAUACAACUGGAGCUACGUGUCUGCUAUUCACACUGAAGGCAACUACGGCGAAAGUGGGAUGGAAGCGUUCAAGGACAUGGCAGCCAAGGAGGGCAUCUGCAUCGCUCAUUCUGGCAAAAUCUGGAGCAACGCUGGACAGCAGAGCUUCGACCGGCUGCUGGAGAGACUGAGGGCCCACCUGCCCAAGGCCAGGGUGGUGGCUUGUUUCUGUGAAGGCAUGACCGUCCGCAACAUCCUCAUGGCCAUGAGACGCCAGGGACUGGUGGGAGAGUUCCUGCUCAUCGGCAGUGAUGGAUGGGCGGACAGGUACGACGUGACGGACGGUUUUGUUAGGGAGGCGGCCGGCGGUAUUACCAUCAAGCUCCAGUCGGCCGACGUGAAGUGGUUUGACGAGUACUACCUUAAACUUCGGCCUGAGAACAACAUCCGGAACCCCUGGUUUCCAGAGUUCUGGCAGCAUCGCUUUCACUGUCGGAUUAAAGGCCACCCGCAGGAGAGCAGCAAGUACAACCGCACCUGCAGCAAGCGAGAGUCGCUUCGGCAGCAGUACGCACAGGACACCAAGAUGGGGUUCGUCAUCAACGCCAUCUACUCAAUGGCAUAUGGCCUGCAUAAUAUGCAGCGGGCUCUCUGCCCAGGUUAUCAGGGCCUAUGUGAUGCCAUGCGACCUAUAGAUGGUGCCACACUGCUGGACUUCCUGAUGAAAACUAACUUCACCGGAGUGUCGGGGGAGGGAAUCCUAUUCGAUGCGAAUGGAGACUCGCCCGGCAGGUAUGAGAUAAUGAACUUUAAAAAGAUGGGGAAGGACUACUACGACUACAUUAAUGUUGGCAGCUGGGACAACCGCGGCUUGAAGAUAGACCAUGAUGAAAUCUGGCCCAACAAAGAGGCCAUCAUCAAGUCAGUCUGCAGUGAACCCUGUGAUAAAGCACAGAUUAAGGUGAUCCGUAAAGGGGAGGUGAGCUGCUGCUGGACGUGCACUCCCUGCAAAGAAAACGAGUUUGUGUUCGACGAGUACACCUGUCGAGCCUGUGAGCUGGGCUCGUGGCCCACCUUUGACCUCACAGGCUGUGACCCGAUCCCAGUUGAGUACCUGCGGUGGGGAGACCCUGAGCCAAUAGCUGCUUUGGUCUUCGCCUGCCUCGGUCUAAUGUUCACAUUCUUUGUCACUGCCGUCUUCAUCAGAUUUCGGGACACCCCGGUGGUGAAAUCUUCCAGUCGGGAGCUGUGUUACAUAAUACUGGCAGGGAUCUGCAUGGGUUACCUGUGCACCUUCUGCCUCAUAGCGAAACCCCACAUUAUCCACUGCUACCUCCAACGACUGGGAAUCGGCCUGUCACCUGCCAUGAGCUACUCUGCACUCGUCACAAAGACAAACCGCAUCGCCCGGAUCCUGGCCGGCAGCAAGAAAAAGAUCUGCACCAAGAAACCUCGCUUCAUGUCGGCCUGCGCGCAGCUCAUCAUUGCCUUCCUCCUCAUCCUGCUGCAGCUGGGCAUCAUCGUGGCCCUCUUCCUCAUGGAGCCACCUGAGGUGAUUCAUGACUACCCCAGCAUCCACCAGGUCAACCUCAUUUGCAACACCACCAACAUAGGUGUGGUGACGCCGCUGGGAUACAAUGGCCUGCUCAUCCUCAGCUGCACCUUCUAUGCCUUCAAGACCCGCAACGUCCCGGCUAAUUUCAAUGAGGCGAAGUACAUUGCCUUCACCAUGUACACCACCUGCAUCAUCUGGCUGGCCUUUGUACCCAUCUACUUUGGGUCCAACUACAAAAUUAUCACCAUGUGCUUCAGUGUCAGCCUCAGUGCCACUGUGGCUCUGUGCUGCAUGUUUGUACCCAAGGUGUACAUCAUUUUGGCCAAACCGGAGCGUAACGUGCGCAGUGCCUUCACCACAAGCACCGUGGUGCGCAUGCACGUGGGUGAUGGCAAAUCUUCCUCGGCUGCCAGCCGUUCAUCGAGUCUGGUUAACCUGUGGAAGCGCAGGGGCUCCACUGGAGAGACACUCAGCUCCAACGGUAAAUCAGUCUCCUGGGCGCAGACGGAGCGCAGCGGCUCGCGUGGCAACCACCUGUGGCAGCGGCUGUCCUUCCACAUCAAGAGGAAGGAGAACAACCAGACCGCCGUCAUCAAGCCCUUCUCCAAAACCUCUGAGGAACGCUACUGUGGAAGGGGCGACCUUCCCCCGCACGUUCCCCUGCCCUCCCUCCCCUCCAUGUCCUCCAUGUCCUCCCAUCACGACAUCGGACCGGACAAGACCCUGUACGAGCUGUCGGAAGCAGAGGAGCGCUAUUCCAUCACGUACCGGCCGCAGACGCCCUCGCCGAUCAGCACGGUCAGCCAGAGAUUAGGGCCGGGUUUAGGGGAGGAGCCUCAGAUGUCUGGUGUUCCAGCGUACCCGGGCAGCGUCUGCAGCGGGGGCAGCGGCAGCAGUUGCGGUCCCAUCAGCAGCUGCUCUGUCGUCACUGGGAGUGAUGGCCGUUUGAUCAUCGUGGACGAUCACCCGGGGGUGGCCCAGAGCUCGCUGAUGGAUCAGAUCAGCUGCGUAGUAAACCGCUUCACCGCCAACAUCACCGAGCUCAACAGCAUGAUGCUCUGCCCCUCUCCCACUCACUCACACACAAACAAGCACACUCCCCCUUCCCCCCAGCCCACCGACCCCUAUCUGUUACCCCGUGAAAUGCACGCGGCCCCGACCCUCACCACCUAUGCUGAUGUCCAGCCCCUCCCACCUGUCGAGUCCAGCCAGGGGGGCCGGGGUGGCUGCCUCGUUCACCCUAUGCCUCAUUCACCUUACCCACUACCGCCUCCUCACCCCCAGGCCUCCCCCUCGCUCUCCCCUAUGCGCGGCGGCCUGGUUAGCUGCCUGAGCGGCUCCCCUCUUAGGAGGGCGGAGCUGGAGGAGGAGCUCUUUGCGUUGACUCCUCCUUCGCCCUUCCGUGACUCUCUGGCGUCAAGCAGCAGCCACAGCAGCUCGCGUGGCUCUGAGGCAGACCUCUGUCUCCCACCAGUCCCCUCCCAUCCUCCCCCCUCUCCCCCUUCGCCCAGAUUUAGCAGACUGACGCUCAGAAACUACAGCCAGAGUUCCUCCUCACUGUGAGGCAGAGGUGACAAGUUGAGAAAAUGCAUCAGUGAAGAGGAGCGCCCUAAAAACAACGGGUCACGCGGAAGACGAAGAGAUUGAAAUCCAUUUUUCUCCCUACGCGAAAGUCAGAAACCUGACGUGAAGGAGUCAUGGAGGGCUGGUUGGUGAACGCACCAAGCUGUGUUUGUGUUUACAUGUUCGCAGCGAGAUGCAAGCAUAAGAAGCUUUUCCCGCGUCGUGUUUUCUUAGUGCUGUCUCUGACAAGUCGGACGCAAAGAACUGCAAAAGCAACCACGGUAACGUUGCAGUGGUUCGGUGUCUAUAGAGCCACUAAUCAUUCUAGAAAGGUCUAGAGCUACGGAUCAUUUAGGUUUGGGUAGUGGCCUUAAGGUAACAUGGCUAUACACUAAUUAGAAACUGUGAAUAUGUGUGUGUGUGUGUGUGUGUGUGUUUGUUUCUGUGUGUGCAUUGGUAUGUUGUGGCUGUAUCUUACUUAAUGAGAGUUAAUGGCAACAUGACAGUAUUGAUGAGGUCAUAUUCCAAAAACCUGUAUGGCCUAAAAAGAGGCAAUCAUGGCACAUACAAAUCUGCUUGUACACACACACACACACACACACACAAACACAAACACACACGCACACACACACACACACACGCGCACACACACACACACACACACACACACACACACACACACAGACACACUGUAAGGGAAUCACUUUGUAAAUAAAUGACAGGUUGUGGAUUUGUCUUUUGAAGAUAAAAUCCAAGAUGCUUCUGACAAAAGUGCAUUGUGUUAACGUACCGGUCUGUAUGUUACUCUGAAGAACUUUUAUUCAGCCGUUCCCUCCUCAUCGUUUUCUUUUCCUCAGCCCCUCGUUCUCUCGCUGCUCUCUUUCAUUUCCUCCCUGCCACGGUUUCAGUUUUUUCUACUCUUUCAAGUGUGUGUUCUCUUCAGAAGUUUGAAUGUAUAUUUUCUACAUGACUCCUGAAGCAGUCGGGACCAAACCUUUUGUACCUCUCUAAUCUGUCUGUGACUUGAGAACGAGGGAGACGAGGGAUCAACGACCUGGCCUCGUUUUUUAAAUAUAUAAACAGCCUCGUCAUUAGAUUUUGUUUCAGGUAGAUUAUUGGAUGAAAUCUGACCUCAAAGCUUAUUGUUAGAGUGUGACAUUUAACAGAGAGUUACGUAAGACUUAGCUGGAUCACAGUCGUGACAUUUUCUCUUGUCUGUCAGCGGGGCACAAGCGUCGCUCGGUUUCAUCAAAGGUGUCCGUUUGAAUGGAAUUAAUUGGAAUCACAUUCGUCUCUAAUGUUAGCCGGUGCAUAUUGAUAGAUUCACGCUGGGAGAGAGAGAGAGCCUCCUCGUCUGUCUCAGCCUUGACCAAGGUCCUCUGCCUCACAGGUGCUAUGAGCCGUUUAAAGGUCGCCACUCUUUUCACACAAGGAGGGGCUGAACAUCAGAAGAAGAUCGCAAAUCAAAAUGGAGCAUUGACCCUUCAUAACUGUGAAGCUGCUUUCAGACAUGCACUGAAAUCCACACAUUGUCCUCAAAGUUAGUAGAGGACCCUGAGCGCUUUUUCGUCAUGUUCUGCCUCCUGCAUGAUCCACUAUGGUACCACUCCUCGCCUGAAUCCUGAAAACAUUUCCCGUGGUUUAGAAAGCGUCUGAUCUGGGUAAUCUCCAGUUGUGUUCUUCAUAUGUGAAAGGCAAACUCCUUUUUACCUUUCCAGAGUUCAUGUCUGAAAACGGCUUUAGUCUCACGAAGCCAACCUGGUAGCAGAGACCGAUUGACAUCCAGUUAGAAGCCUGUCAAAAUGGAAUCAUGGACAGGAACAUUAUACCCACUUGUCAAACUGGAUGAACUUAAAGGAAUAAUUCCCAGUUAAAACCUGCGUUCUUGCCGAGAGCGAGAUGAGACGUCUGCAGCUCUUAUAUCAGUCAGGAGAAUAUAUCUGGUGUCCGGUCUGGUGGCAUGUUAUGUAGUGAGCUGUAGAGGAGCUGUUCGGCAGAUUGGACCGUGCCAGGCUCAUUUUGUCUCCAGUGUUUAUGCCAAGCUAACUGGCCACUUGUGUAUUGCCAAAUAUAUAACUAUUGCUCAUCCUAAUCCAAUACUUCCUGGAUUAGGAGAAAUGGUGUAAAUCAAUGUAAUCCAGAUGGUACCUGCAUUUUUCUAAAGGAGACAUGGUUUGGUACAUAUGGAGAGAAUAACUGUUGAUUAUUAGAUUAAAAGUCGAAAUUCAGUUGCUCAAAUUCAAUGUCUGUGUAGAUCAGUGGUUCCCAAACUAGGGGUAGGGACCCCCAAUUGGGCCACGAGACACUGAGGCUACAUCGACAGCGUUUUAGUUUUAGUUUGAAAACAGCCUUUUCGAUCCGUAUCAGUUUUAAUCGGCAUCCACUCUAACAAGCCUGCACGCAAAUAUCACGUGACCACUCGCAUACACUAGGAAUGCCUGUGCCAGUGUGCCCAGCCAGGCAUGCAUACACUGGAAUUUUCACAGAUUGCUUGAAUAAUAGCUUGGUUCCUACAUAGUUGUAUCAUUGUAAAAUGCAGGAUUUAACUGCACAGCAAUUGUCAGCAAAGACAACACAGUCAGCAACGCUUGUAAUUCAUUAUCUAUGUUGCGUUCUACGCUGGUAGCAGAGGAAAAAAAUACAGAUAUGCAUGUUACAGAUUUGUUCUUCUUCUGCUAACUAGCUCAAAUACACAUCCUUUGUAUCCUUCAUCCAACUCCAGACAUAACAGGGGGUGCAGGUCUCUGGCACCUUGAUUUUGCAGGGCACAGGCUGAAAAGUUUGGGAACCGAUGGUGUAAACAGACCUGAACUUGAAAACACUAAAGAGCCUCCAACUGACUACUCGACUAUUGAAGCUUUAGGUACAAACAUAUGCCUUUGAAUGAAAUAUUGUACUUAUAUGUGCCAACACUUGAACAGCAUUUGAGAGUACUCAGAGCAGUGCUGGGAUAUAAAAUGUGCCGAUGAAUGCAUUCACUAAGAUGCUUUGAGAAAUGGGACCUUGGCAUCUAGUCACAGAGGAAAACACUCAGCAAAGUACAGUCGAAAACAAACCAAACCAGAAAUCUAAAGUUAGAAAGUUGUGAUACACAACACCAACUUUUUAGACAUUUUUACUCGAGGAGUAUUACCUGCAACAAAGACAUGGAUUGGUAAAUGGAACUCAAUCAAAGCUAAUGGGACUGUUGCUGUCACAAUGACAAAAUGUUGCCUGUGUGUUAUUGUCCAUUUUUGGUCCAUUUUCAGUGUUGUAUUUCUGCUCUACAGUAGCCAGUUAGAACAAACUCAGACAAAGUGAUUCUGUAAAUAAUAAGGGCAUGCGAAGACAGUUCUGUUUUGUUUCUGAUGAAAGUACAUUUAUUUACAGGCGAAAAAAAAGGACAAAAAAAUAUGUUUUUGAACUGUGUUAUAACAUACAGUACCGAUAUGUGUUACGACUACAAAAACUGUGUUACCACUCUGAAUGUGUGAGUGACCAUUCCUAUUCAAAUGUCUUGUAAUUCAACGAUAUAAUAAUAAUUGAUAUGAAUAUGAUUCAUUGUGCCAAAGGGGUAAGAGAAGGUCUAGUUUACUAGCUUGUGGGUAAAUACAUGGUUUCAUAAAAAAAAGACGAAAAAUGUAAAUGUGAAACUGUUUCUAUCGUUUUUGGAUAUUUUCAUAUAAUUAUUCCACAUUUUCCAGUGUUAAAGCAAUAUUAUCCUUAUAUGUAGAAGGUGCACAUCGGAGGGGUCGCUCAAAUUAUUAGCAACGUCGUUCCUUAUUAUACUGUAAUCACUGGUGGGCAACAAAAAGAAGGAUAUGGGUAGAUGAGAAUUUUUUUUUCUAAAUCUAUAUUUAAAAGAAGACAUUUAUUAUCUUCGCAUUGCCACGAAGGUGUGAUUCCAUAUUAUUGCAGUUGUCUCAUUUGUUGUUCAACAUUUUCCACCUUUUGAUUCUCUGAUCUAAACAGUCCGAUCUUCUGAAGGCAGGGAAGAUAGUAAGAGAUGAUUUGUGUGCCAUUAAUUGUUUAUAUUUUGCUUUUUUUGUAAAGAAUUGUACUGCCCAACUAUAUUUUGUUGGUCUCUGGACCCUAAAGUAAAGAUUAUGAACUUGGAACUUGUGGAUAAUUGCACAAUCACCAUCUUGGAUAAAUGUACAGAGACUUUAUAUGAUCUGCAAGCAUAUCUUAAAAGUUUUGUUUGUGUCAAUACCUCUACAUCUUUUCAUUUAAAUCUGGGCGGGGACCAGUUGUCAAGAACACAAACCAGUGUUGAUGUGGAGACAUUUCCGAGGAGGGGCCGGUUUAUGUGCUGCUGUCACUGAUAUUGUUUCUAACGUGCCGGGAGCUUGCUUUGCUGUUUGUUUUCAGACCCUUGGGUGAGAGCCUCGACAGUUGUGUGCUGCCUCUGCAGAAAAAGACGGGAUCAGCGUUUGACAUCAAAUUGCGAUCUUAUUUUUUAUAAGUGCUCAGUUCUGGGACCAUCGCAAAUUAAUAUAACACACCAUUAACAGAAUAUAAUCAUUAGAGAACAUAGUCAUUAACAGGUGGUUAGAAUGAUUGAAGGAAAAUUGUCAAAAAUUGUCAAAUUAUUACAUUAGAGAACCGUAAAAAAUAUUUACAUCAAAGAUAAUGCAGGUAUUAUUUACAUCUGUCAUCCUUAAUGUGUAAUUGUCCUUGCUUGGAAAUGAUAAUUUUUAUAAAGCAUGGCUCCACAUUUCCGCCCUACCUCAAGGAUCACAGAGAGGUACCACUCGUAGGAAUCGGGGGUGAUCUCUGCUCCUCUUCAUACUCCAGCCACAACAUGAUGACGAUUAUGAUUAUUAUGAUGAUGAGUAAAAUCGUAUGUUCGCCAGGAAGAUGAUCUCCAGAUGAUGUCCACCCAAAACACUGUCGGCUCCCUUAGCUCUGUAAAUGCACUCUAAAGAAUUGGAUUGAUAAUCCCUGUGCUGGAAAAAUACUUUUAAUCCAGACUUGUUUAUCUGCUGAUCGCAGGAGCCCAAGGUCAUUUAUUUUAAACCUUCUGAAUGAGAAUAUGAAUACUUUAGACUUUAACCGGUCACUGCAAUGGUGGUGUGUCGGUCUCCUGUGCAACUGUUCUCCUGAUGUAAACACACCAGCAGCCACCUUGCUGCGAUGAUCUGGAGGAAAGCAUCACUGUCUACUCCCUCCCCCUAAUAUCUGUGCUGAGGCUGAGGAAUCUCUGUAGACGGUUAGAUGGAUCAACAGAUUUUAAUAUGUAGUGAGACAGAGCCACUGCCACACCUGAUUAUAUUUUUCAUUGAACACAAAACACAGAGCUUUGUUUACUGUGUAAACACCACUUUGACAAAUGGUCGUGUAUAUGCUGUCAGGGCAGAAAGCAAAAGGUCUCUUGUGACUGCCUGCGCUAAGAGUCUAAUUAUUAUAAGAGUAAAUCAUGAUGAAAAAACCUCUGAGUGUCAUUUGGCAGACUUAGCAGUUUCAUACCUUUUUAAACAAGGUAUAUGAAAUAAGUGAAUUAAAAGAUGUUUAGAUGAGAGGUAAGAAUUUAUAUUUUUAAUUACACCUAGAGAGGUUGAGUAGGUCAAGGCCAACAAGCUUUCUUCCCUCUUCCUGUCAACCAGGGAAUCCAUUCACACUCAUGUCUGUUCUGGUCUGUCGUCUUUUUCUUCCACACAAAUCAGAAAGGAAAGAAUGUCGGUAUCGAUAAAAUCCUGAACAUGCCCGUCUCUAGAGCUGAAUUCAUAGUCUUCGCCUCCGUCACUCUGCUGAGGUCAACCCCCUCGGAGUAAAUUAUAUUAUUUAAGAUUUAGGCCGAUUUAUGUAAACCAGUAUACGUAUCAAUCGAUUGAUCAUUUCACUGUAUUGAGAGUGGCUUAUGGUCAUUUCCAAAUCAACCGAUUGUUCUGACUUUAUUUAGUAAAAAUCUACUUUCAGGAGAUGCUAAGGGGCAUUUAGACUUUAAAUGGCGGCGCCCUCCUAUCACAAGAUACAGCACAUAUCACUGUCCCUGAGAAUUAAACUUGACGACGCAGGGGGUGACGACUAGAUGUCUUAAAAGUCAUCAACAGUAUUUUUGUAGGUUUCGUCCAAAGCUUCUGAUUUGAAUGUUGUGUUUUUUCUAUAACCGAGUAAAGGGCAUGUGUGUUUUUAAUAUGUGGCGGUUUCCUAAGCCAAUAGAGUAAAACAACAGGUUUUAGGUCGGUAUAGGUCGUAUGGUGCAGAGGAGAUUGUGUUGUGUGAUAAGAAGUUAUAGAUUCUGUAUUAUAUUGAUCAUAAGUAAGAGAGGAGAUUGUAUAAUUAUAUAUUUGCCGUCAGGCCUAAUGGGGCAGUUGAUUCACUUAUUAACUUAUAAUUAAGCAGGUGAAUGUGGGAUGUUUCUGUUUUACAAAAAGAUCGGGCAGGCUGGAGAAUGUUCAGUAUUGUGUAUUGAUGGUUUGUGAAAUAUAUCGAGAUGAACGUGUUUCAUUUAGUGAGAGAAUGAAACCAAACUGAGCUGUGAUAUUACACUACAUGACACACAGUUAUCCCUGCAGGGGACCAUGGAUCUCUAAGAAACCAAUCUUGUUUGUAUUUACAUAUUCCUCAUAUGUACAUCAUCCUGUUUGAAUCAGAGCCGUGGCCACAAACAUUAUUAAUACCCCUGCUUUAAAUUCAGAUGAGGUUCUCUCAGUAGAGUUUUUGACAGUAGAGCGAUAGAGAUAUGAAUAAUGCCGUCGAUUGAGGUCUACAUCCUCACAGCUCACUUGAGAUAAUUCAGACGAUCGCGUUUUAUAACAAGAUUCCGUUGUUGUGAAAUUUAACAAGCUCGUAAACAAAUGUGGCGUUUGUUUCACCCAUUUUCAACGAAGGCAGCUCAUCUGCAUAUAAAUGAAGGCCCUGUGCUGUGCUCUUAUCUCUUUACAAACCCAGACCAAUCAAAAGUUUCAUUCAGCUCAGCUCAUUAAAGCAGAUACUUUGGGCUUCGUGAUAAAAUGGAAAAUGAUGAAGAGUUUGCAUAAACAUAAUUAGGGUGUAGAAUGUGAUAUAUAAAUAUGUAUUUCUCUUUAAUCGUUUAGAUGUAUUUAUAUAGCGCAGGCAGGAAAUGACCAUUACUCAAAUUAAAAUGUAUGAAUCAUUUAUUUAGGCUUAUCGACCGCAGAGUAUCCCCGGUUAUCCUCCAGCUGUGCUUUAUCAGUGUGUUCUUAGCACAAGCUCCUCCACUCAGUGCCAACUUUCUGUUAUUAUAUUUAUUUAUUUCAGAUGCUGCUGCAUUUAUUUUUUUAGUGGGGUUGGAUAAACACAACAAAGAAGAUUCAGCUAUAGGAUCCUCUGUGGUGAAAAAUGUAAAUUAUAUAUGUAUAUUUUCAUAAGCUGUCUAACAGUGCCAUAUAAAUAUGAUGAAGAUUACUUAAAUAUAUCGUUUUCUUAAGGACGCUUUGUAGUGUUUAUCCACCCUGAAUUAUUUUGUAAUAAACCGGACUUUUUCUUUUCAUUUUUUAAGCCUUUGCUGUUUUGUUUUCCUGACGUUCAGAACCGUAGAAUGUUAUUUGAUGCUACAUAUUAGUGUGAUAAUGGAAGGUGAUUUUAUAUUUGGAUAUUUGAUUGUCUACUAAAUAUUUUUACUCAGCUUUGUACAGUGUGAAAUGUGAGAAUAUAUGGUUGUCGCUGUUUGGAAAAUCUAAUGUUUUUAAGUGACUUUUAGCUGCGGGUGGGAGGUUGUAGAUGUCUCAUUCAGGCAGAUUUUCGACCACCAACUACUAUCAAAUAAGCUUGAGGCCAGCCUUGGUGAUUAGAAACUAAAAAAGGUUUGAUAUAAUGUAAUUGCUUUCCAAUUGUGCUGGGAUCCAAAUUGUUUGUGGCCGACACCGGGGAUAUUGCUCAAAGGCCUUUCAGAGGCUCCCAACAAACCUGGCAGUGAGAGCGAGAGCAAAUUUUGGCCAAACAGAGUUCUUCUCAUCUCCCAAUUAAUGAAUCUUCAUCUCCUCGCUCCAAAUAGGCCCAGGGUGAUGCCCACAAAGGGCACUUCUCUGGCCGAUCAGGAACUGUAAGCUGAAAGUAAUAAGAUGCUCCCUGUGCUUUUCACAUAACAAGUGUUUUUUUCUUAGUCAUGGACAGGUGGACGUGCUUGGCAGUAGGACUGGCAAAAAGAAAAUGCAAAAAUGUAGAUUCAAAUAGUUUGUGUUCUGUCAUCGUGUGCCUCCAAUUCCUCCUGCGCUGCAUCUCAGACUUUUUUUCCCCCCAUUGUGGCUUAAGUGGCAGGAAGUGAUAAACUAAUACGAGCCACUCUGCAGAAAGUGGAGGUGCAUUAAUAAGAUCUGCGAAGAACCGCAAGCUUCCGGAAACUUGUGCAAAUAGGAAAAAACAGUGAGCACUACUUAACGUUCGACAGGCAUGAGAUGGCUCUUGUGUUGUAAGUGCGUACUUGGUAAGGGAAACGCAUGAGUUCAAUCCUUUGCUGAGCACUCCUCUCUGCAGAAACCCAACACCACUAAGAAAGAGGUAGGUCAGAUGACUAAAAAUGGAAAAUGAACAGUCACAAGGUUUUCAUCAGCUCUAAACUUACAGCUCUUCACCAUGACACGGUUCUCUUCAUGUUUUCUUUCUCACUGGGAUGUUUCAAGGAGCCUCUGGUCAUUGUGACCACCAGACAGCAGGGCUGUGGGGGGAAACAUGUGUUUUUCCAUUGAUACAUCAUUGUGUAAGUGUACUACAAAGUACAUUUCAAUCAUUGUUGAA